AUGGCACAACCAGGCUACUAUCAUUCUGCACAUCUUGGAGAAGAUGGACAUGGCGGUGCCGCCGCCUUUGAUUUUACAGAACAAAGUAUACGAAAAGGCUUCAUUAGGAAGGUGUACGCGAUCCUGAUGAGUCAGCUGCUGGUGACGAUGGCAUUCAUAGCAUUAUUUCUGUUCCACCAACCAACGAAAGAAUUUGUUGGGCGAAACACAUAUCUCUUCUGGGUAGCUUUCAUAAUCCUAUUCGUAUGCCUGAUCGCAAUGGCGUGUUGCACGGAAGUGCGUCGUACUGCGCCCAUGAACUUCAUCUUCCUGGCAAUAUUCACUAUAGCCCAGAGCUUCCUGCUGGGGGUGGCCACUAGCCGAUACAAUGUGUCUGAGGUGAUGAUGGCGGUCGGUAUAACAGCCGCGGUCUGUCUCGGCUUGACAAUAUUCGCUUUCCAAACAAAAUGGGACUUCACUAUGAUGGGAGGCGCGCUGGUCGCCGCGACUAUAGUUCUUUUUAUUUUUGGUAUUCUCGCAAUUAUAAUUCGGAGUAACAUUUUAAACCUAGUAUAUGCAUCGGCUGGAGCGCUGAUAUUCUCUCUGUAUCUCGUGUACGACACUCAGCUCAUGAUGGGCGGCAAACACAAAAAAAAAGAUCCGGAACCCAUUUUUGGUGUAUACACAGUACCUGGCAAGUGGUAUUACCUUAAAUAUGUUGUUUUCUCCUGUCUUUAUUACUAUAGAAAGUACUCGAAUAAGAACAAGGCAGCCGGUCCAGAUGGCCGGGCAGGGCGGGGAGUGAGGGCGGUCGCCAAUCUAGAAGAUAUGGAUCGGGCACAACCCCUCAGUGAACAUGCGAAGGCUUUCGAUGCGGUGUUCUUCAUUGCAUCAAAAAGAGAGGAGGGCGAUAAGGGCGUGUACGUGAUAUCAGGUUGUGAGCGACGACCCAUGGGCAUGUGCAAUGGACUAUUUUAUAUUGGUUUGCCCGGUAAAGGUCUCCUAUGCAGUAAGAAACUACCAGAUACCGUGUUAUUCGGCGCACCGAUCGGCGAAUUUGCUGCUGAAGGCAUUAAAAUUACCCCCUUAGAGCCUAUGAAGAAGUGGGCUGUAUAUUACAAAGGGCCCAUGUGGUAUCAAAACGACCCAAGUAAAAUAGUCGAAGUAGACUUCAGUGGGGAAUGGAUAGCAACGAGCAAAUAUUUUGACUACGACACCCAUCUGUACCCGCUGGCUGUCAUCAGAUCUAUUGCUAGAGAAAAAUGGAGUCGGGAUUACUUCGAAGGACUAAAAAAAGCACACCAAUCUCGUUACGAGCAGUUCGGCAAGCUUAAAUGUAAAUUCACAAUAGAAAACGAAUCAUUUGAAUACACUCUACCAUCGUUCAGGGACCAUGGCUUUGGUCAAAUUCGUGAUUGGACGUUAAUGCAUCGAUACGCUUUUCAUCACAUUUUCGUAGAAGACGGUACCAGCAUCAGUGUAGGGGUUGUCUGUCAGCCCUGCACCGCUACAAAUAUAGAGGCAGGUCUGGUUGGAUUACCCAAUGGUGAUGUUUUACCCAUAAAGUGGGUAGACCUAAAGCUGUACCAACACGGUGAAGGCGGUGUGGCGCCUCGAGACUACGCUUUUAGGUUCCAAGCAGGAGAUGAAGUGUAUACAGUCCAGGUUUUGGUUGAAUAUGAAUCAAUUCAUUACGUGUCCCAAGACUGGGACGCAAAGAUGGCUGAACGUUUCUGUAAGUUUAUAGUCAACGGGGUGCCCGGACGAGGCGUCUCCGAGUUCCACUACCGACACAAGGAUGGACGACCAGAAACUGUGGCUAAAAAUGAUCCGGAAUGGUAUAGGAAAUUGUGCCACAAAAUA